GGGGGAAGAGAGUGUGAUCGAAGAGGGAGGGAGAGAGAGAGAUCCUCCCUGCCGCGAUUCAUCUACGGAGAAUACCCUGCCAAUCCUCGGAUUUGUCAUCAAAACAUAAAAGCAUACGUUAUCAAUAAUAACUCUAGAAUGGAUAGCAACUCUGUAGUAUGCACUAGAUUCUUCAACGAUUAAGGUACAAUUGGUAUUGCUAUAUGCGGGAGAGCGAGUAAGAGUGAUCCUAAAGAAGAAGAGAAAAGGGAAGACAUGCCGAAUCUCCAAGUGAAUAAACGCGAUCACAAUUACAGUGAAUCGAAACCUCAACAUACCAACAAUGGCAGUGGUGGCAUCAUUGCCAAAGUAUCCAAGACGGGAUCUAUCGUCGGCCAGAUUAGAGACAUCAACGAACUGAAAAAGAUUGCACCGCGCGUCCGUCUAGAGGACACCGAGAGCUUAAAUGAGUUGACGAGGAUCUCUUCUUUGAGUAACAGCAGCAACAAAUUACAGCAGACGGAUACACCUGUUCUCGAAAAGACACGGCAAGAACUGAGAAAUUACUGCCGUACCUGUGCUGGUCUAAAAGAGCACUUGGUGGAUUUUUUUAGUGAGAAGGGCAUUAAAUUACGAUUGAGUCAGCAAAUCAAACAUCUCGAGGUGAAUCCUUACGAUAGUCUCUCUACACAGAUGUGCAUGGACUGUAUUUGUGAUCUUAGAAUGAGUUAUAAGUUUUUCAUGCAAAUAAAGAAAGCUGAGAUCAAACUGAAAUCUAUUCAUGCCAAUCUCGCGAGCGAUAAUGCCACGAGAAAAGUAGGGCCGAUCGACGAAUCUUUGACAACGAAAGAGAAGAAGCAACCAUCUUGUACAGAAAUGAAGCAACAAUUGUCUCCCACAAUUCAGCACAACUCGUAUCCAAUGUCAUCGAAGCGAGAAAACGAAAGAAAUGACUCUGUACCGAAAAUCUGUGCCAUCUUUUCGUUGAACAACGAAUCGAAGGUAAUUGAGGAGAAAGAAAAAGAGGACACUGAUAAUAAUGAGGAGGAAGAGGUAAUAGAGAUAGGCGGAGGAGGGAUAUUCGAGGAAGUGGCGGAGGGAGAGGAUGAGGAAUCUAUCGAGGAAUUUGAUCCUGAUGACCCCGCGCUUCUGGAAGACGAAGAAGAAGAAGAAGAAGAAGAAGUAGAAGAGGAAGAAGGACCUAGAUCACCAGCAACUGUCUACAAGUACGAUAUGGCAGCAAAGUCGUAUGUAAGAGUGGAGAACAGUGAGGAAGGAGUUUCCGUGAAAUCUGGAGCCUCCCAGACUUCAGAGGGCGAAGGAGAAAAUCAGAGGGAGGGAAUGAUGAGACAACCAAAUAUAUUGAAAAGAAAACUGGAAAUGCCAACGGUAAUGACGAAGAACGAAGGGGAGGGCGAGGUACAAAGCAUAAUGAAGGAGUGCAAAAUGCAAAAGUUGGACAUAAACAAUCUCGCGAAUAGUCCUCCAGAAGAGGACGGAAUCAUGUACGUAACUGUAAAAGGAUCCAAACCGAACGAGCUUCUUCUGGUGAAAGUCAAGAAAAUGGACAAACCCAUGGAAUCAAAGCGCGCGGUAACUUGCACCGAUAUCAAGCCUGUCGAGCGUUUUCUCAAACGUUACGAGACAUUGACAUCGAAAGAUUUCUCAUCGCGGCGUCCUGACGCUCGCGAGCAAAUAAUUGAGGAACAAAUCGAAGAAUAUAAAAAGAAACGAGAAAAAGUCCUUGGAGGUCAGUCGGUUGUAACGUGUGCCGUGAACGAGACGCAAAAAGAAGUACAAGAGGAAGAAAUUUCCGCAAAGUUAAAUUUUAAGGAGCAGGAGGAGGAAGAGGAGGAGGGGGAGGGGGAGGAGGGUGAGGGGGAGGACGAGGAGGAGGAGGAGGAGGAGGAGGAGGAGGAGGAGGAGGACGACGAGGAGGACAUGGGGGAGGAGGAGGAGGAGGAGGAAGGAGAGGUGGAGAUAAAGGAGGAAGAAGAGGAAGAGAAGAUUGGCCAAGGUGAAGAAAAGGCCAAUAAUAAUACAGAGGAAUAUUUGUCAAGGUUGAAAUUGAAACAAAAGUGGGAAGAGACAAAGCGGAAAAAGGAAAGCUUGCAGAAAGAACUGGACGAGUCGUAUAACGAAGGGAAUUUGGAGAAAUUGGCAAAAGUCUUGGGGGAAAGAGAAAAGAAUCUGCAGGUAUUCCAAGAGUACCUGAAGCAGCGUAAAAUCGUUCUUACUCGCCUCACUAACGAGGACAUAAUCUCCCUCUACGAGGAUCGAUUUUCCACCACUUUAAAAUCAUCCUCGAAAUCGCUUCCGGACCUUAUCGACACUCAACCUCCCGUCGACCCGCUUUCCGAGGAGCGCUACUUGGAAUGUGAUUAUUGUUCCGAAACGUACUCGAAACGCGACGUUCUCGAGGAACAUCUCAAGUCCCACGAUUAUCGUAUUCUUCAUUGUUGCGACGACUGCGGGGAAGAGUUUCAAACCAAUAAAGCCAAGAGAAAUCAUAAUGUAAUUUGCGUGAGGAAAUUAAUUUGUAAAUAUUGCGACAUAAUUCUCGAUUCUAGAGGAAAGAAACGUCAACACGAGCAGAAGCACGUUGACGCCCUGUACGGUCAGCUUUGCGAGAUUUGUGGCGAAAGAUUCAAGCACCAAGGAACCCUGGACCAGCACCUCAAGACGCAACACACGAGUCUGGAGAAGAUUUAUCAGUGUCCAAAGUGUCCGAAAAAAUUUGCUUUCAAGCAAAAACUGAGCUUUCACCUCAAGUCUGUUCAUACCACUCUGAGAGCGUAUCUCUGCGAGGAUUGCGGUGCGGAUUUUAAGAAUCCCGCGAGCUUGCGGCAUCAUAGAAUCAGGAAGCAUCAGCCGGUUGGAAAUAAGAGGGAGUGCCAAGUUUGCAGGAAAUUGGUGCCGUUUUACAGUUUGUCAAAGCACAUGCACACGCAUAAAGCUUACAGUAUUCAGUGUCCACAUUGCGACAAAAUGUUCAAAAACAGCUCGACCUUGAAGCAACACACGAGAAUUCACGAGGACCAAAGGCAGUAUCGUUGCGACACCUGUGGCGUUGGAUUUAAUCGGAGGGACGGUUUGAGGCUGCAUAUGAGAGUGCACGAAAAGACUGGCAGUAGAGGCUUGAAAGAGUGCUCCUGCCAGGUCUGCGGGGAAAAGUUUCCGAAUCAUUCGACUUUGGUGAUUCAUAGGAAUAGGGAGCACAAAGACGGGAGGCAGUAUACGUGUCACAUUUGUAACAGGUCUAUGAUCUCGACGAGAUCGCUCGAGUGGCACAUGUCGCACAUUCACAACCAGUCAAUGCCAGGUGUUAUCCGCGACGAGUCCGGUCUGCCUGAAAAGAAACGGGUCUCUUGCUAUCAUUGCAACAAGACCUUCAAAACGGAAUUGAUUCUUCGCACACACAUAAAAAAUACGCACAUGGAGAAGGAUCCGUUAAAGUGCCUCGAUUGCGAGGCUACUUUCACGUCCGAGGUGCGUCUACGUCAUCACAUGAUGAUCGUGCACAAUCGUCUCGAGGGUACUUUGGCUUGCCCUCACUGUCCGAAACGAUUCGUAAACCAAUUGAGAUUGAAGACUCACAUGAUCUCUCAUUCCGAGGAAAGGCCGUAUACUUGCGAGAUUUGUGGUUUCAAUCUCAAGACGAAGAUUCAGCUGAUCAAGCAUCAUCAAAAUCGACACAGCGACGAGAGACCUUUGCAGUGCAGGUACUGCCCUUGGCGAUGUAAGCAAGUGAGCGCCCUCGUUUGUCACGAACGCACGCACACCAACGAGCGGCCGUAUUCGUGCAGUGUGUGCAGGCAACGCUUCAAAUAUCUCGGUGACAAGAACAAGCAUGAACGUCGUCACGAGAGCCUCGGUGGUUCAGGCUUCAAGCGUAUCGUACCCGGAAGGAACGUCAAGCAGAAGGAUUUGCGCCACGGCGAUUCCUCGGGAUCCGAGCAGGAGCACAGCUCGCUCAAAGACUCGACCAGUCGACAGGGCAUUACCGAGGAGGAGCAGUACGAACAGAAAUUUACCGAGGAGCAGAUGAUGAAAUUCAAACAGGAACAGAUCGUCAAGUUUGAAGAGCAGGAGGAAUAUGAACAAGUGUACGAGCAGGAGUACGAAGAGACAUCGAGAGAGGCAUCGGAAGCUACCGAGGUAAUUAUGAACAUGGAGGAUUCGACGGUGUACACAGAGGAGGUUACGGCCGACAAUAUAGAACCUAGCGUGGAGAUCAUGACGGACGAGAUGAUGACCAACGACAUACUGCAGUCGGGCACCGUGAUGCACUUGCAAUCACGACCCAAUGAUUCAUCGGGGGAGAUUCAAAUGAUACCAGUGGUGCUGUCCCUGCCUGACCUGUCCGAAACAAGCACCGAAGUUAUCAACGCGACCACAUCAAUCAUGUAUAACAAUUGAAUUUGACUCGGCAGACUUUCCUCUAUAUUCAGCAGUUCUUUUCCAACAGUUCUCUGACUGCGAAACCACUCCAUCACACCGUCGUACACGCAAGCGUGAUAUAAAAGCUAUCUUCAUCUUCUGGCUUUUCAACAUUCCGCACUCCUCAUUUCUACGGAAUUACGAAAAGAAUUCUAAUUAAUUCGCCGGAUAUAUUCCGUGUAUCUUUCCUUCUUUACAAACACCUCUUUUAUAAUAGAAACGGAAAAUUCCUAUUUUUCCAAUGCUAUGGAACAUUUUAGAAAACGAGGCGGAAGAAAUCCAAGACGAAUAUUUUCCGUUUCGACAGAAAGCUUACAAAUAGAUUGUGCAAAUGUUGCCUCGAGUAUUGGAGAUUACAGAAUGCAAAAACGCAAAGACCAAGAUCCUCAUGGAGAAGAAACUAGAAAAUUAAACAUUUUUUAACGAAUAGAGAGGAAAAAUUCUCUAAAGCAUUUAUUAUUACGGGAGAACUUGUAAAAACUUGUUUGCAAGAAGAAAGUGUAUGAAAUUUAAAAAACUAUGAAGACAGAUUUUUUCAUUAGAAGAAAAGGUGCAAGAUUACGUAACGAUGUGUGAGAAAGAAGUAAAAAUUAUUGAAAGCGCUUGUUGUGUAAAGUAGCGCCGAUACACUAUGUAAACUAUCUUGUAUAAAUCGGUGAAAGAGAAGAGUGUGAUGUGUGUAUGCGUAUGUGUGUUAUGCAUAAAAUAAAUCAUUCUGUAUCGUUA